AUGAAAGGAGACGACAGGUCUGAUAACGCCUCCCAAGCUCGUGGCGGUGGUGAGGAUAGCCAUGGCGUUGGCAAGCCUGCUAUCACCCAAACUCAGAUGAUGGAGAGUGCCAGGAACCAGGCUACUUUUGACACAUCUAAGCUAUCAGAGAUCAUCUUUGGAAGUCCAGAGGCUGUUAAAAUUCACAAGAAAGCUUUCCAGCGCGUCGAAGAGUCUACCGGAACUACUGAUAUGUCCAAGCUCCCCGCACGAUAUGGUAACAUGAACCGCGAGGACAUGCUGCUUGAGGGACUGAGAGCAGGCCGGGCUGCUUUCCAUGAUUCCCUGGAUAAUGGCGAUUCCACCUUCAGAUACCAUACUCAGGAAUGGGUCUUGACCAACUCCAAUCCUUUGGGGCUUACUGAAGUCUUGUUUAGGCCUAUGAUUGAGCUCCAGGGUACGGCUGAGCAAAUUGCGUACUGGACUCCUCUCUCCCGGUCGGGAAAGAUUAUUGGCAGUUACACUCAGACGGAGAUUGGCCAGGGAACGUUUGUUGCUGGUUUGGAAACCACUGCGGUUUUUGACAAGAGGACCGACGAAUUUGUCAUUAAUAGCCCGACACUUUCAUCCAUCAAAUUUUGGCCUGGAGCAUUGGGCUAUAUGUCUUCCCACACAAUCGUCAUCGCCCGCCUUAUCAUUGGGGAGAAGGACUAUGGCGUUCAUGCCUUUAUCGUCCAGCUUCGAUCGCUGAAAGAUUGGAAGCCAUUGCCUGGAAUUGAGCUUGGUGAUAUCGGGCUUAAGAUGGCGUACAACGGCACAGACAACGGAUAUGCAGUUUUCAACAAUGCCCGCAUCCCUCGCAGCAAUCUUCUCAUGCGCUUCGCUAGCGUCUCAAGGGACGGCGCCUAUACCACCCAUCCACUUCGGGAAAAGCUCUUGUAUGGAGGCAUGCUUAAGGGCCGGUUGGCCAUCAUUCGAAAUUCCGCGUUCCAGCUUGCGCAAGCCUUGACGAUUGCUACGCGGUAUUCAGUUGUUCGGCGGCAAGGACAUAAGCAACUUCAACAGAACUCGGUAGCUUCUAUUAUGUCGUAUAAACUGCAGCACUAUCGCCUUUUGAUGUUGAUUUCUCGGGCAUAUGCUAGCCUUUUCGCAUCGUUGGCCAGUGAUUCGGCAUAUCAAGAACUCCAGAAGCAACAGGCCAAUGGCGAUCACUCUUCACUUUCUUAUACGCAUAUGGUCAUGGCAGGCCUCAAAGCCUGGGUCACCGCAAAUGCCGCCGACGCGGCAGAGGAUGCUCGUAAGAUGUGCGGCGGCCACGGCUAUCUCAUGAUCUCAGGCUUGCCUGAGAUCGUGAACUCUCUAGCAGCAACCUGUACCUUUGAAGGUGAGAACUAUGUCAUGUGGAAACAAGUGGCCUCCUACCUUAUGAAAGGCAUGGCUGCGCGAUCCCUUCCAAAGGACAUGGCGUACAUUCCCUCUCCCACCUAUGGUAAGAGAGUACGCUGUCAUGUUAGCGGAGUGGAUUUCCUCCACGUCGAUAACCUCCUAUAUAUCUUCCAACAUCGAGCGGCGCGCCUUAUCACCGAAGCUUAUCAGCUUCUCCGUGCUAGUCGUGGCAAAGGUGCUGUUCAAAAUGAGGAUCGCCAUGAUGUUGUCCUCCUGAGCGCUGCGAAAGCCCACACAGAACUUUACAUCUUGCAGUCGUUCCGAGAGCAUGUCACUUCCAUUUCCGGCUCCAUGCCAACUGAGGUAAAAGCCGUCCUCACCCGACUCGUCAGACUCUUCGCCCUUACUACCAUUGCAUCCCCACUCUGCAGCUCCUCUGCCUCAUUCGUCGAGGAUGGCUUCCUGACCCUCAACCAGCUUGGCGAUAUACGCACCAACAUCGACCACUUGCUCGAGGAGCUACAACCUGAUGCCAUAGCUCUGACGGACGCGUGGGAAUUUACGGAUGCUAGCCUGACGAGUGCGUUGGGUUGCAAGGAUGGCGAUGUUUAUGAGCGAAUGAUGUGUUGGAUCCGACAGUUGCCUAUUAAUGUUCAUGCUAGCGAGAAUGACAGUGUUUUUCGGGAUGGCUGGGAGGAAGUUAUCAGGGAUUUCAUCGCCGGUGGCCGAGGUAAUGUGACGGAGAAGGCUAGGUUGUAA